AAACAAGUUUAAUUAAUUAUUCAUAAUUUUGUGUUGUGAGAAUAUAAUGUGAAGAGAUAUAAUACAACUUAUUUUGUAAUCUGUUGUUAAAAUGGAGACCACUCCGUUGCUGACGAGACCUAAAAAGAAAUCCUUAUGGUCAAGGUUACAAUUCUGGAGAUUUCGUAAGAAGAAGUUGAGUUCGAGAGCUAUUUAUUUGGGGCAGCUGCCUGAUGAAGAAUUUCCGCCUAACUAUGUCUGUAAUCAGAAAUACAACAUCCUCACAUUCCUACCUCUGGUACUGUUCGAGCAGUUCCGUUUCUUCCUCAACCUGUACUUCUUGGUGAUGGCCCUCAGUCAGUUCAUACCCAGCAUUCGUAUUGGGUAUUUGUACACGUACUGGGGGCCUCUAUGCUUCGUGCUUGCCGUCACGCUCUUCAGGGAAGCCGUUGAUGAUUUCCGAAGAUAUCGACGAGACAGGGAAGUUAAUCGCCAGCGCUACGAACGAAUAGUCCUAGACAAUUCCGCAUCAGAUUACCGGCCCUUCAUCACGGAACAGGUGGCGUCCUCUGAACUUCGAGUAGGCGACAUAGUGAUGCUCCAUAAAGGGCAGAGAGUGCCCGCUGACAUGAUCCUGCUAAGAACUAAUGAGACUAUGGGCACUGUCUUUAUAAGAACUGAUCAACUGGAUGGAGAGAUUGAUUGGAAGUUGAGAAUACCACUUCGUUCAACGCAAAAACUACCGACAGACGCCCAUCUCCUGGACAUUAACGCUCAGAUCUUCGUUGAGAAACCAGAGAAAGAUAUCCAUUCCUUCAUCGGAACUUGUACCAGGCUUGAUGAAGGGGAAACCGAUUCAUUACAUAUUGAGAACACCCUGUGGAGUGGGUGUGUCGUCGCUUCAGGACAAGCUACCGGUCUUGUCAUUUACACUGGUAGUGAAACUCGCAGCGUAAUGAACAAUGCUACCCCACGCUCCAAAGUUGGUCGGUUAGACCUUCAAGUGAACGACCUCACGAAGCUGCUUUUCGUCGCCACUAUAGUCAUAUCAAUGCUGCUCAUCAUACUCAAAGGAUUUGCCGGACCCUGGUACGGGUUCUUGUUCAGAUUUGUCCUGCUGUUCUCCUACAUCAUACCCAUUAGUCUAAGAGUAAACUUGGACAUGGGAAAAGCGUUCUACUCCUGGACGAUACAACGAGACAAGAAGAUAGAAGGCACUGUAAUGAGGUCCACCACUAUCCCUGAAGAACUAGGCAGGAUCCAGUACGUGUUGGCAGACAAAACAGGGACCCUCACGAAGAAUGAAAUGGUCUUCCAGAAGCUACAUCUUGGCAACGCACUCUUUGAUAAGAAUAACUUUUAUGAGGUCGAAGCUCUCCUAACCCAGUACGUUACAAACGACACCCCCUCCCUCCCUACCUCCCCCACUACGUCUAUAAUAGGGGAUGGACUGGCCGCCUCCCCCAAGCAGGUGUGGGAGACUGUGCUCGCUAUCGCCUUGUGCCACAACGUGACGCCGGUAUACGACGUGCCUAGUGAUUCGCAGGCUGAUGAGGCGCAGUCAGACAUGGGUAGUUCUGUGAUGUCGGAGAGUUGUGGCGGGGCGGUGCCCCAGCAACAGCUGUGUGACUACCAGGCCUCCAGCCCCGACGAGGUCGCGCUCGUCAAGUGGACCGAUAUGAUGGGCGUAUCGUUAUACCGUCGUGACAUACACAACAUUUCCUUGAAGCUGCGCGCCGCUAACGAGAUCAUUCAGUACACCAUACUGCAGAUAUUCCCCUUCACCAGUGAGAGUAAAAUGAUGGGCAUCAUUGUUCAGGAAGAAAACACAGGUGUAAUAACAUACUACGUAAAAGGUGCUGAUGUAGCGUUAUCCAAGUUACUGGACUCGCAGUGGCUCAGCCCUGAAUGCAAGAAGUUGGCUGCAGACGGAUUGAGGACUCUGGUCAUGGCUAAGAGGACUCUUACCAAGGAAGAGUAUCUGCAGUUUGAGACCGAGUACAAAGAGGCUCGUUUGAACGCGAACCGAAGCGAGCACACGUCGGCAGUACUAGCCAAGAUACAACGAGGCAUGACGCUACUCGCCCUCACUGGAGUGGAGGACCGACUGGCUGACGACGUGCCAAGGACACUUGCUAUGCUUAAAGCUGCUGGGAUUAAGAUUUGGAUGUUAACGGGCGAUAAGCUGGAGACGGCGCUGUGUAUCGCGCGGUCCCUGCAGCUGGGGGGCGGGGUCACGUGGCACUCCGCGCGCCCCUGUAGGGGGAGGGGGGAUGCGCACGCGCUGCUGCAGGCCUUGCGAGCCGCCGGGGAUACUGUCGACCUUAUCAUUGAGGGGGAGACGCUUGAGGUGUGCCUGCAAUCGUACGAGGAGGAGUUUGUGGAGGUGCUGUGUGGGUGUGGGGGGGUGGUGGUGGCGCGAUGUUCCCCCACGCAGAAGGCUCGCGUGGCGCGGCUACUGCGCGCGCGGGGACAUGUCGUCGCCGCCGUCGGGGACGGGGGGAACGACGUCGCCAUGAUACAGGAGGCUGAUAUCGGAGUGGGUAUCGAAGGCGCGGAGGGUCGCGCGGCGUCGCUGGCGGGGGACGUGAGCGUGCGCCAGUUGUCGGGUCUGGCGCGCCUGCUACUGGUGCACGGCCGCCGCGCCGCCAUGCGCUCCGCCGCGCUCUCGCUCUUCAUCGUGCAUCGCGGACUUAUCGUCUCCACCAUGCAGGCUGUUUUCUCCGUUGUGUUCUACUUCUCUUCUGUGUCUCUAUACCCUGGCUUCCUGAUGGUCGGCUACGGAACUGUCUUCACUAUGCUGCCUGUGUUUUCGUUGGUGCUUGACAAGGAUAUACCGAGUAUAACGGCGCUUAGAUAUCCCCAACUGUACAAGCAACUCUCUAAGGGACGGCAGCUGUCUUACAAGUCCUUCUACAUAUGGACAGGCAUAUCUAUUUAUCAAGGUGGAGUUAUAAUGUACGGCGCUUUAGUAUUAUUCGAGGACCAAUUAAUUCAUAUAGUCGAGAUCAGUUAUACGGCACUGAUCCUCACUGAACUUAUAAUGGUUGCCCUGACCGUCGUCACGUGGCACUGGCUAAUGGUCGUCGCGGAACUUGUCAGCCUACUCAUGUACAUCGCCACGCUGCUUAUAUUCACUACGUAUUUCGAUGGCGACUUUAUUCGACACUGGGAGUUUUGGUGGAAGGUAAUUGUAAUAACUCUAGUGUCUUGCCUACCUCUCUACAUAGUCAAGCACAUGCAUCGGAAAUGGAGCGACCGUCAGUACAAAAAUAUAAGAAAAUGAUCUUUAUUAGUAAGUAGUUUAGGUAAAUAAUACAAUGUGAUUCACUUUUAUCAUAAGAUCUUGUUGCACAUAUGAUGAUUAUUUAUAAUGUUAGGGUUUUUUUUUUGGUUAGACUGUGUGUGUGAAUUUUCUAUGUUACACUAGAUUCUGUCAGUUGCUUUACGAGCAGUCGUCAUCAUCAGCCUAUAAGUGCCCACUGCUGAGCAAAGGCCUCUUCUCAUACAAUGCGGGUUGGCGAUUUCAAACAUAUAAUUAGAAAUUAUAAGACCAGGUUUCCUCACGAUGUUUACAUUCACCGUAAGUCAGUGGUGUCUUAAAUAACUCGGAAAAAGUCACAUUGGUACUUGUCAGGUUUCGAACCUACACCUUCAUGCAUGAGAAGCGAGCUCCUUAACCUCCGGGCCACCACGGCUUUUUUUUAGCUUUUAUUACGAGUAGUAGGGGGUUAAAAAGUAGCGUAUAGGUCAUUCAGUCAGACUAUAAUCAAUUUUUAUGACAGUUUUCGUUUAAAUUCAAUCAGUUUUAACGCUGAAAGAAUAACAAACAUCCAUCCAAAUUGAUAUGAAUACAAACCUGAUCUCCGCCUUGAGUAAGACAGGUACAAGACUACGGUAUUUGAAAUUAUCAGUCUAUAAGUGCCCACAGCUGAGUAAAGGCGUCUUCUCACGCGGAGAGGUUUUGAGCAUUCAUCACUACGCUCAAGAGGGUAGAAGUCCUGAUUUCCUUGACGAUGUUUUCCUCCGCUACCUGUCAGUGGUAUCUAAAUACACUUAUAAAGUAAAAUGUAACUUGGAAAAAGACACAUUGGUAUUUGUCAAGUUUUACACUUCACAUAGAAGCAGGAGUUAUAACCUCGACCUCAUCAUCACCCCUCGAAUAGGAGUUUUCAUACAGCUAUUCUUUGGAGGGAUUUAUGUUCCACCUAGUUUCAGAACCUUUGGUUAACUUCUUGGCAGAAUUAAAACGAAUACCACACACGGUUCAACCAAUUAAUGAUUAUAAUUCUAGUAUUAGUAUAUAGUAAGUUACUGAAUAUACUCUCUCAUAUUCUAAAAUUAAAUAUUCUGUCGUUACCUUGUUAGAUUAAGAAUAUAGAUUAUAUCAAGUUGAACACUCGCCUUUUUAGCCAC